AACUUUUGGUAUGGUUACCUAUCCAAAAGUGCGAAGGAUGCCUAUGCAUUUGACCACAGCUAAAUGACUGAACUUUGCUUAACAUACGUGUACAUCUUCUCUUGGAAGAGUCAACACUUGCUGAGACGUCGGAUAGCCAAUUAAUUAGGCAAGAAGUCUUGUUGGUCGCAUGUGGCACUCGGGAUUGUGAAGAAUUGAAGGCAUUGCGCACCUCUCAGAACUCGUGGAAUUCCUUAUGGCUGGAAAGGGAGAAAACGGCAAAGGAGCGUACCGAGGCAAAUCUGUUCAGCUUGCCCGGCUGCUGAAUGCCGAAAGCGUCCGACUGUUGGACCUUUAUAAACAACGGGAGAGCUUUCCUCAAACAGCCAUAUCCGGCGAGCGUCUAGUGUCUGUGCCAUGUCCGACACCACAUCUUCCAAUGGGGGAGAAGGUGUUGCUUGUUCACACUGCCCUUGGACAGUGCCAAGGCCUUCUGGAUCGGGCCAUAGUCCUGGAAGAUACAGAAAUGGGGCUGACUGGGGAUAAAGACUGCAAAGAGUACCUGGGCCAGCGCAAGAUCGUCAAGGAGAGGCUGGGGCACCUGUUGCAAAGCACGAGGGGCCUCCUAGUGGACGGAGUUGGAACCACAGCUGCAGUGGCAGGGCAAGCAAGGGCAGAGGAACCAGAUGGAGGAUUGUUCGCUUUGAAGGUGUGGAUCUAUCGCAUCAUACAGGACGUGGUUUACUGGACGAAUAUGGCCUCUGAAACCCUCCCGAUGGCUCCCAUGCAAGCAGUAACUCAGCCAAGGAAGAUGGCAAAAAUUAGAAGGAAGGGGAAGAGAACAGUGCGUAGAUACAAGAAGAUAAGCCUACUCAAAGAUCUACACUGCCCUACAAAGCAAAAAGGCAGUAACUGCGCUGUUGUCAAAAAUGAGUUACUAUGACUUCAAUGACAUAUAUAUAUAUCAAAACAUUAAUUUAAAUAAAUGGAUUAAUCUGCAUAAAAGGUGGUAAUAUAAAGUAACAAAACUGCUGCAUGUCAAUAAUGUCUCCAAAACUACUAAGACUGGAUUGCAGUAUCAUUUUAAAGUCAUUUUACUCAGUUUGGAGCUCUGUGCAGUUACUGCCUUUUUGCUUUGUAGGGCAGUACAGAAGUGAUGGAUAUACUGUAGACUGGAGACGCAAGAAGGAACACAUCAUGGUGAGAAUGAAGAGAGAAAUCGAGGAACUGCCAGAGAAAAGUAAUACGGUGGAGUGCCCAAGGAUAUGAAUAUCUUGUUAAGAACUUGUUACUGUACUUUGGUUUCAAUUCUUUAUCAGUGAGAUUUAUAGAUUGCUUCUGCACAUGUCUGAAUCUGAAACUAAUAUGUUUGUGACCAUUUCUAUAAAGCCUAUUCUACUGUGA